AUGUGCCUCGCCAAAAACACCAUCUGGACCUGUCACCGAUGCGGAGUCAACAUCACCGACCCUGAAGAACCACCCGUCGAGUUUUGCUUCAGCGCCAUGAUAAGAGAAAAGUGCUCCCGCGCCUUCAUCAACGUCAUCGUCGCCUGCGACCCAGCCCUCUGUCUCUACUGCGGCUUCCACAAACAAGACAAGUACUAUGAGGUCGAGAAGCGAGUUUAG